AUGCGCAUUGUUGACCAUCACUCCCGGCGUGUUCGUUUCACUCACGAAUGUGAUCCGGCCGCUGAAAUGCAAAUGCCUCGGAGUCGUCAACCAAGCGGGAACUCAUUAAAGACCGACCGUCCGAAGCAAAAAUUUUUUCAUUCCUACAAAUUCUCACAGCAGUUUUUGGAUCGUUUGCUCACGGUGGAAAUGACCAAUGCAAUCGGCCCGUUGAUUGGUCUAUGGAUUGUUGGUAUCACGCAGCAGAUCGAUUCGAAAAUGUCCACUCCCAUGUGGAUUUUACUAUACGGUGGAUUGGGCAUCGCUGUCGGUUUGUGGAUUUGGGGCCGACGAGUCAUUCAGACUUUAGGCGAAGAUUUGACCGUGAUCACACCAUCCAGGUACGUAUUGUUAUUCUAUUGA